AUGACGACUGCUAUGCGAAGAAGGGACCUGGAGGUCGAGCAGGUCCGUGCAGACGAUUUUCAGCAAUGCCUCCUUCGAGAUGGCCCCGAGGCGCAAGCUGCCACGUACAGCUGGGAGCUGAACCAGAAGAGGGCCGUCUCCUUGCUGUUGGCCGGCUCCGUCUCUGGCUUGUUAGGCUUUCUGUUCGCCGGAGUGCUGGGCUUACACAACUACUAUAGUGGAGGCUUUCGGCAGCUGUGGGCUUACAACAAGACCUUCACUUUGGAGAACAACUUCAUGGGGGAGCCCUUUCCAUCUGGCCAUAACUACUGUCCGCAGACAGUGAGCGAGCUGGUGCACGACCACCAGAGUGCCGAGGGCAAGCUGUUCUUCGGCUUCGGGCUUUUAGCGGCGAUUUGCAUCUUGGCCUCGUGGUAUCCGUCACAUCUGCGCAACGUUUACCUGGGUGAUGGUGUGAAAGUGUGUGGUUGCUGCGGACCUACUUGGCAGAACAUGCGACAGUUUUGCCCAUCCAUCGGCCUCUUCCUGGUGACGUGCAUCCCCACCGUACCUCCCGCCAACCGUCACUUCGGAGAAAACUUCACAGUUUUUCUGCACACAUCCGGUGCCAUUAUGAUGGUUGGCGGCUACGGGCUGUGCGAAAUAGUCGCGCUGAGAUAUGCUUGUGCCGGUCACAAGGACACAGUGGCGGGGCCAAUCUUGAAGCCUAGAGAGUGGCGAGUCCGAGCUGCUCUAAUCGGCUUGUCUCUGUGCAGCGGCAUUGCUUUUCAGGUUUGCGGUUUCCUGUCGCCAAAGCCAGUGGAUUCUCUAGGCACAGAUUCCUGUGCAGAUGUCUGGGUGGUCCCGAGCAAGAUCGACUUCGAGUAUGUCCUGCAGAAGCCAGGGGGCGACCACCUGUCGCUCGCUGUCCGAAUCUCCCAGGCCAUUGCAGACCGGGACAAGCUGUUGCUAGACACGGCGCAUGGGUCGUGCCUCCUCCUCAAGACGCUCGAGUACUGGUUCGAGGUGUCGGCGGGCUUGUUCAUGGUUGGCAGCCACCUCGCAAUCUGGUGGUACUGCCCGGAGCGUCGGCUGGAUCUGCCGGAGAAGCUACCUGAACUGGCAAAGCGGGAGCUGCGCCGCCAGGGCUAUGCCACAACCUUCAUCAGCUGGGGGGGCACCGGCUCUGACCUGGAGGAUGCAAGCUCCGAGGACGACACGCCUACCGAGUGCAGCUGA